UGAAGUGUGUUCUUUGUAACAUAACACAUAAGUUGUGACAGAUAACAGUAUUACCACUUGGAGUCACUGUGAUGCAUUCUGAAGCAAUACUUGGUUAGAAGGUACUCAUGCUGUUUUGUUUUUUAAGAUUAUGGCUGAGAUAAAAACAUUUAGACAUUGUGUAAGAACGCAGAGACUGACAGACAUACUGUCUUGUUGGAUAAGAGUGAGAGGCCCACUCAGGGCCCCAGCUGUGCCAGCUGUGCUUGUAGAUAGUAAGUUAGCCACUGGAAUCUCUGAAGGUCCAUUUUCUCAUCUCUGGGUAAUGGUACUUCUCCUGUAGGCUAUUGUGAGAAUAAAAUAAGAUGCAGGUAAAUCUCUCUGCCAUGAAGUCAGCUUUUUCCCCUCUGUGGGUGCUGAAGAAGCCAUACAUAAAGGAAAGAUCGAGGGUUUGAACAAUGUAAUGGUCUUUAAGUGGGUUCUGGAUAGCUUUAGAUGACGGUAUCAGUCGGCUGGAAGGUAGCAGAAUGAGGAGGAUUGUCAGUGGAGGGGUUUGAUCACUGCCUCUUGCUUACUCUUCAUCCAUUUAAACUUUUACACGCACUUCCAUGCUGUGCUUUGCUCUCCUAAGCUGUAGCACUGGGCAGAAAGAAGUACGUUGAAACAGAUGUUGCCCCUGGUGUCUUAUAGGAGCAACAGGUAUCAUCCAGCAAUUUGAUACAAAUGAGAAAAAUCUCCCCAGCACUGUGUACUGAGAAAUGAACCAAUACAUUCAGAUGGUUGUAAAUAAACCUGCCUAAUGUUUAUCCCCAAGAGGCAAGAACUGAAAAAUGACAGCCCAAAGGAGGGGUGGAAAUCUCUCUUCUGAAGUAAUAUAUUCUACCUAGCACCCACGAAGUAGGUUUGGUAAGCCACUGAGUUUUUGAGGUAAAGCAAAAAUCCUUCCUGGAGCCAAACCUGGGGUUUCAUGCCAGUUCUAUUCUGGAAUAUCUAUGUGUGGCCCUGAGACUGGCCUAAGUGUGACUUGUGGAGUUAAUGAUUACCCUAGCAGUUGUCUAAACUGCUUGGUUCUGCUGGGCUGCAAAGCAGUUAGAGUUUCCAGAGAGCAGCAUGUUCCCCUUGCUCUUUGGGGCUGGACUGGUAGUUCUGAACCUAGUCAGCUCUGCUAGGAGCCAGAAGACAGAACCCCUUAGUGGCUCUGGGGACCAGCCCCUCUUCCAUGGAGCGGAUAGGUAUGACUUUGCCAUCAUGAUCCCUCCAGGAGGCACAGAAUGCUUUUGGCAAUUUGCCUACCAGACUGGAUACUUCUAUUUCAGUUAUGAGGUUCAGCGGACACUGGGAAUGUCACAUGACCGGCAUGUUGCUGCCACUGCACAUACCCCACAGGGUUUCCUCAUAGACACCUCUAGGAAUGUUCGGGGCCAGAUUAACUUCUCUACCAAAGAGACAGGUUUUUAUCAGCUUUGUCUAGAAAAUCAGCAAAAUCGCUUUGGUUCUGUGCAAGUAUAUCUCAAUUUUGGAGUCUUCUAUGAGGGGCCUGAGAUGGACCACAAAGAGAAGAAUGAAAGAAAACAACUGAAUGAUACUCUGGAUGCAAUUGAGGAGAGUACACGAAAGGUGCAGAACAAUAUCUUUCACAUGUGGCGAUACUACAACUUUGCUCGCAUGAGAAAAACAGCUGACCUCUUCCUUCUCCAAUCAAACUACAAGUAUGUGAAUUGGUGGUCGACAGCCCAGAGCCUUGUGAUUGUCCUUUCUGGGAUCCUGCAGCUGUAUUUCUUGAAGCGUCUCUUCAAUAUCCCAACAACUACAGACACAAAGAAGCCAAGAUGCUAAGCUCACACAACUACAGUGCCCUGGCUCUUUUCUUCUGGGGUGCAAGCUUUGUCAAGUUAUUGGGAAAAAAUCAGUUUUUCUUGUUAGAAAAUUGUAGUUUAUUGCUCUCAUCUACACGGGCAAAUUAGCAAUAAAAUAAUAAAA